UCCGCUGUGAUGGCAGCCGUAGGUUGACAUCAAAACGACAGUGAAUAUAAACUAUUUCAAAGUUAGCGGAAACCCCCCUCCCACCCCCCCCGGCACAGUAACACAGAACACAUUCACAGUUUUCCAGAUAUAGCACACGCCUAAACACACGCCCGCCCGGUUAGGGGGAACGGUAAGUUGCCGAAGCAGCAUUCACCUUCGCUACACACCAAAAGCGUCGCCGGUGUGCACGCGUGUACGUCUCUGCGUUCGCAGCUUCUUACUCGCCUCUUUCACACCCCUUGCACACACUCGUGCUCAUUUUUGUCGGGGCUAGCUUGUCCACCUGAGAAGCGUGCCGGCGCAGUAGACAAGCCCACUCCACCUACUCGCGUUAGCCAAAUGCAGCAGCUGUAACCUGCUAGCAGUUAACAGGUAACCUAGCUAGCAGGCUGCUGCUGCUGCUGCAGAGAAGCCCGAGCUGCUGUUUAUAGAGCCGGCGGUCAAGCACGUCGCCUGUGUCACCAUUAGGUAGCUUCUAAUUUUCCCCCAUCGUGUUCUGGAGUUUUGUCAGCGUGUUACUCAGCGGUCAGUGUUUUCUCCAGCUGGGAAGAGGCACAAAGUUGCUCUGAGAAACUAAUUAGCUUUCCACAGUGUUUCUGUGACUAGACAGGAGAAGGAAGUUGUGUUCACUUUCUGAGCUUUGUGUUGCCAGCUAACUGCUUUUUUUUUUUUGUUGUUGCAGAAAUCCUUGGGUGGUUAGAAUGAUGAGAUCAAACGCCUCUGUUCAUUUAAAAUGACUGGACAUAUGUUUGCACUAAUGUUCUUCUAAGACAUUUCCCCUACUCUGCAUGUGUUUUUGUGUUCCUUGUCUGUGUCUCCCGGCUGGGUGAAGUGGCACUAUGCCCGCAGCUACUGUGGAUCACAGCCAAAGAAUAUGUGAGGUUUGGGCCAACAACCUGGAGGAGGAACUGAAGAGGAUCCGACAGGUCAUACGAAAAUACAACUACAUCGCCAUGGACACGGAGUUUCCAGGUGUUGUAGCCAGACCGAUCGGAGAGUUUAGAAGCAAUGCUGACUAUCAGUACCAGUUACUGCGCUGCAAUGUGGACUUGCUCAAAAUAAUUCAGCUGGGCCUCACCUUUAUGAACGAGCAGGGAGAGUACCCACCAGGAACUUCAACGUGGCAGUUCAAUUUUAAGUUUAACCUCACAGAAGAUAUGUAUGCACAGGACUCCAUCGAGCUCCUGACCACUUCAGGGAUUCAGUUCAAGAAGCACGAGGACGAGGGCAUUGAGACGCUUUACUUUGCCGAGCUGCUGAUGACAUCGGGAGUGGUGCUCUGUGACGGCGUCAAGUGGCUCUCUUUUCACAGUGGUUACGACUUUGGAUACCUGAUCAAGAUUCUGUCCAACGCCAACCUUCCCGAGGAGGAGGUGGACUUCUUUGAGAUCCUCCGCCUGUACUUCCCGGUCAUUUACGAUGUCAAGUACCUCAUGAAGAGCUGUAAAAACCUGAAGGGCGGGCUCCAGGAAGUAGCUGAGCAGCUGGAGCUGGAGAGGAUUGGACCGCAGCACCAGGCCGGCUCCGACUCUUUACUCACAGGCAUGGCUUUCUUCAAAAUGAGAGAGAUGUUCUUCGAGGAUCACAUCGACGACGCAAAGUACUGCGGCCACCUGUACGGGCUGGGCUCGGGCUCCGCCUACGUCCAGAACGGGACGGGCAACGCUUACGAAGAGGAGGCCAACAAGCAGCAGUCGUGACACCGCCCCCCCCCACCCACCCACCGACGCUCUCUCAUCCCGCAGCUCGCAUCUACAACUCGGCCCGAGCUCCACGACCCGGACGACAAAAAACAACGGAAGAAGAAGAAAAAAAAGAACAACAACAACUUAACAUUUGAAUCAUUCAGCAGGCCGUCUCUCAUUGGCUCAGCUCACCUUAGACAAGCGAACACGUGGGUCAGAAGAAUCCCAGCUGUCCUCACUCACGCCACAGCUGCACGUGUGCGAGUUUAGUCUUUUAUUCCCGAGGCAGCGCAGACAACGUGGUUGGUUCAGUUCCAUUUAACACGCUUGAGAAGAUGGGAUUUUAGUUUUCCUAGUGUUCCGUAGAGAUGUUUUGCACUUUAAAGCUCUAACCUGAUUUUAUAAGGAAGCUGAACAUGUUUCUGUCCCCAUGUCUUUCUCCUCAACGUUGCCUUCUGUGUUCCCUUUUUGUUAAGUCUUCUUUUUUCUUUUUUUUUUUACACAUGACUCUUUACCAUCUCAACAGAAGUUGUCACCACGCUUAGCCUUAACAGCAGCAACCUUCUCUUUUAACCUUUUAAUUUAUUGUGCUGGGUCAUGUGACAUUGACCAGCCGCCCCAUUCGACACUAGGAGCUCACAGAGGACGCUCACCCCCAGAUUUCCUAACGGAUCUCUUCCAAAAAGAAAAAAAAAAGGGGGGGGGGGAGCUGUCACUGAGCGUGUUUACCUGCACUCGACUCUUUAAGUUUGUGGAGAAUGUUUGUAAUGACCUGAAUAAGCUGAUCUCACUGUGAGAACCACCGGCCUGCAUUCUGGCUCUGAAAUGGGACGCAGAAGCAAGUGAACGCCUUUAUUAUUAUUAUUAUUAUUAAUAUUAUUAUUAUUAUUACUAUUAUUUUUGCUCUUUCUUUCUUUUCUGAAAGUUGCUGUUUUCCUGUCUGCUCAGAUUAGUCACAUGCAAGGUCGUGAGUGGUACGUACCCAAAUGCAUACAGGUGUUUUUUUUUUUUUUUUGUUUGUUUUGUUUUUUUUUAGUAAUUUGAGGAAUGUGGAUUUUUUUGUGCGUGUAAACACCCUCACUGACCAAAGCACAUGUGGUCAGAGGCCCCAGAGUUUAAAGAAAAAAAGAAAACUGUUCAGAAAUUAUUAAAAGCUUGUCAGUGGAGGUUACCCGAAGCUACUCUGUGGAGAGUAAUUUUCGUUUUAAUUGACACGAAUGGUUUUUGUAAAGUUUUAGUAGCAUUGUAAUAAAAGAGAAGGAGCUUUUCCUAAUAGGAGAAACAGCAUUGCUCAUCAAACCCUCCCCUCCCUCCCUCCCUCCCUCCCUCCCCUUUGUCUUCCUCUACUUUCGGGCUCCACAGAACAGCCAGCAUGCACUAAAACAUCCAAAAUAAACGCCGUGUUGCCAAGUAGCC